AUGUAUCAUCUAAAACUGCCUGCCCUGCUUCUUCUGCUACUUAUGCUGCUGCAGUUUGUGACUACGGCACCAAAAAACAGGUUUUCCAUCUCCUCCACUGAACAGGGGGAUGAAUCCCUAGAUGGGAAAAGUUGGACGGACUCAGGCUUGCUGAUGAACCUCCAACUGGCCGGGUUGCGACCAGAGAGGGGACUCAACACAGCCAAUGGCCUGCAGCACCACAUAGAAAAGAGAAGAUGCAACACGGCCACAUGUAUGACCCAGAGGCUGGCUGACUUCCUCAUUCGCUCCAGUAACACCGUUGGUACUGUUUACAUCCCCACUAACAUAGGCGCAAACACCUAUGGCAAGAGAGACAUGUUCCAUUCACCCCAAUGA